AUGAAUGUGUACCAUUUAAGGAAGAAAGAAGUAGAGUAUGAACUUAGAAUUAGAGGGUUAUCUUCUGAUGGCAAUGCGAAUGAAUUAAGAAAGCGUUUACAACAAAGUGUUGCAAACAAUGAUGAAGUUAGUGUAGCAGCUGUGAAUUCUCUAGAUGUCGCUGAAGAAUUGGAAGAAUGUGAGUCUAAACUUGAGGACUUGUCAGCAAACGUGGCAGAUUAUGAAGGGAACUUUACGGAUAAUGAAUAUCACCGGAUAGUAGCUCGCUUGUGGCAUCUUUAUUUGAGAAUUGGGCGUAUACCUGGAACAGCAGGAAGUGAUGAUGAGCAAGAGAAAACUAAAACUGAACUAGAAGUAAAGACAAAGGAGCUUUUAGAUACAUUCAAAGACCAAGGAACUUCAACCAAGAAUAUUGGAGCGGACCAACCCACCAAGAUUGUAGAUGAGACCUCUACUACACCUUCAACCUUGAUGCGGAAGACAGAAGAUGGUAGUUCCUCAGUGAAGACCCAGAUGUCUUUGACACUUCCAACAAGUAAUGCUGCAAAUAAUAAAGAUGGUCUGCCGCAACAACGACCACUAUCUCCCCUGCCUCAAAAGAUAGACAUUCCGAAUAAACAGCCUGAUCAGAGAAAUUCAGUUAACCUAUCUGGUAACACCGAUCAAGAGAAGUCUAGCCCUAGCAAUCGCCCUAAGUAUGUCCCUGUGUAUAAGUGGGGGCUGAAAUUUGAUAAUAAUGCUGGAUCAAGUGUAGCCGCCUUCUUAGAGAGAGUUGAGGAACUGCGCAGAGCACGAGGUGUUACUCACAGCGAAUUGUUCGAAUCAGCUGUAGAUCUUUUCUCGGGUUCAGCUCUUGUAUGGUAUCGAGCCUCGACUAGUAGGAUUCACUCAUGGCCUCAGUUGUGUAAGGAAUUGCGAGAUGUCUUCCAGCCUCCCGAUUAUGAUUUCCGUCUCCAACAAGAGAUCUUCAACCGUAUCCAAGGAGAACAAGAACCAAUAGACUUAUAUAUGGCUGCCAUGGAAGGCUUGUAUGAGAGACUAUCAGUUGAAAUUCCGGAAACAAGUCGCCUAGCGCAAAUAUUUAAUAAUUUGCACCCUCAACUACAAGACAGACUUGCCCUACUAGACAUCAAGAGUUUGGAUGAAUUGCGUCUCAUGGGUCGAAGAGCACAAGCGGGACGUCUUAGAACUUCAAAACCAAGACCUUCGCCUAGGAGUGAGACUACAUUGGAACCUGACUUGGCAUAUCAAGAGCCAUACCGACACAGAAGAGUGACUGGAGAGCGAGUAGCCAGUAUCCAUCAAAGUCCAUCAGGAGACAACUUCCCCUUUACUUGUUGGAACUGUUCUAUGAGAGGACACCGAUUUAGAGAUUGUACCCGACCGAAGAAGAGAUUCUGCUAUGGAUGUGGAAAAGAUAAUAUUUUAAAGAAAGAUUGCCCUUCUUGUGUUUCAAAAAACGGACUGAGCCGGGAGUCAGCUACAUAACUGAGGCUGAUUCCCAAGAAC